UAUAAAGUAACCCUAUUUCAGAGUGUAUUUGUUUGAAUUGAUAAUAAGUUUUUUAAAUCAGGCGUUAUCCUUCUUGUGAUUGGCUGCCGAGAUCGGUGCUGACUCAUCGCUUGCUUCAGAGUACAUACGACUUGUCCUUGUGCGCACAAAGCGCUUCCUUUGUGUCCUGAGGCGAUCAGGGGUAUUUCUGAUCUUCAAUGACACGUGAUUACCAAUGCCAGAUAACAAAUGUGACGAACCAUUUGCUCAAAAUAACAGUGAUACUGUGAAGUCAACUCGUCCUUUGCAUGUGAUUACUCAAUAUGCGAGAGCGGAUGUUUCUGAAAUACAUUCACCUGGCAGACCAACCAGUUUAGGACUAUGUUUAACAAACGCUUCAAAUCUGACAGAUCUGAAGAGCUGUUCCUUGUCGCUUCGUAAUGUUGUAUCUCAAGAAGCUUGUUAUCAGCCGUGGACGGUUCGAGCUGUAGACACCUCGGAGUUUGAGAAGCUUCUAGGACAUCUUGGCAACAAUGGUUCUACACCAGUAACCCCAACUAGUUUCUUAAACCCAAACAAUAUAACAGAGGAUCAAGAGUUGUUUGCAGACAAUUUUUCUCGAACUUUGAACAAAGUUAAAGCUGAACAAGAGGGAUGGACAAUAAUUCCAAAUUCAUCAUCUUUCGAUAGUGUUAUUACUGAAUCAACUAAUUCUUCCUUUGAAAAGCAGGUCCAAUCAAACCGAAAUGUUUCCAUGUCUUUUAUGGAGAGUUACACUACCGGUGCCGAAACUUUGAAUUCCAUAAAGUCAGAAAGCGAUCAAAUUAAUCCAUCCAUACACGUUUCCGACCCAAUGAAAAUAAAUUCACCAAAUUUAACCGACGAACCACUGGUAUUACUAAGCGGUACGUCCAAUGAAAAUCAUACGGUAGCCCAAUCCAGUAUAAAUUCAAUACAAAAACAUAUCGCAAGUUCCAAAUCCAGUUCGUAAGUUGGGAGUGUAUAUCUAUCUCAUCACUUUUUGUGUUAUCCAGCUUUUUAUGGAAUAUGUAGAAACAUGACUUGUGCUCUUUACUGAAUAUGAUCCAAGCGUUCCUCAAUGUUGAUAUAAGAUCACAAUCUAAAUAACACUGAAUUCCAAAGGGAAAUCAAGUCGAUAUGUCAUCUCACUUUGUCCUUGAACUCUUCUUCUCGACAGUGAACCUUCACAUUUCACUAAUCACAUUAUUGUUAAAACACGAGUUUUUUUAAAGAACUGUUCCCCAAUCAACAAAGGCGCCAAAGUUGAUGAGCCUCUUCUCAUUAUUUGGAUACUUUAGAGACUAAAUUUGUCCUUGAAGCGUAAUAAUAAUUUGAAACUUUUUCACAAUAUCGUAGCACUAUGGAUUUAAUGGAACAAUAUCUGCUGCAUACCGGCUGGCCUGGUCAAUCAAUAGUAUCAAUUUUCCCCACGCAUAAAUACCAUACGUACUUCUCAGUUGUAAAAUAAGACAAAGAAUAGCAGCUUGGGACCACUUAUUCUUUAAUUACCCCCCCCCAACUGGUAGUGACGGACGAGAAAUAUAUACGAACUAAAACAUUUAUUGAUUUGCUCACAAUCGCUUUUGGAAAUCAGUAACUAAGUAACCAAGUUCAAAUUUCA